CUUUAUCUUUAUAUAUCUUUGUGAUCAUGAAACAUUUUCUUCCCUCUUUUAACGACGACGUACAAGCGAAAUUGCAAUUGAAAGAAUUUUGGUUAACAGAAGAACCUUGUCGUUGGUCAGUUAUAAACUAUCUUCAAAAUUUGGUGACUGAAAAUACAUCUGUCGAUAGACGCGAAGCUUCAAGAUAUUUAUUGAAUGACACGAACUUGAUCAAAAAGCAUGUGGUUGCUGGUUCCGUGGCUGAGACAAGAGUGGAGAGUAUGUCUACAUAUGCUCAGAAAACAAGAGGAAAGAAGGAUUUCCAGAAUUUUUUUAAUAAUUAUAGCAAAUCGUUGGCAAAGAGCUCAAUUGAGUUCAAUAGUCAAACAUCACAAUUCCGAACGUUGCUAGCGAGUCGAGUUGUAGCUGAAGAAAAAGUAAAUUUAAAAAAACGACAAUGGGAUCAUGAUGCUGAAGAAGGCACAGAUAAUAGGGUUAAUAGUGAGAAGAGCAGGAGAGCUGAUGAAAGUGAUGAAGAAGAUAUUGGGGAAUUUGAAACAGAUAUUUGGAUUGAGUGGAAAUGGUUUCUUGAUAAUCCAAGCAAUAUCCAGCAUUUGCAUCAAUUGAGCCCUGAGAAGCACAAUGUAAUCUGGUGUGGAAAACUGGUACGACGUAGAGAUUGCCUUCCAUCUACCUUGUUUAAGAGGUUGAAUGAGGGUGCUGUAUAUAUUGAUUGCCAGAAACUUGACUCUAGCUUUGUUGAAAUUUGUAGAGAAAUAGCAGAUGCGGAGUCUCGCGAAGAAAUGAAGGAGGGUAUUGAUGAAUUGCGUGCAAUUUCACGUAAUGGUGGUGAAUAUCAAAAAGCAGAAGUUGAAAUGGUUGUUAGCAUGUGUGCUUUAUUUCAAGAAUAUAUUUAUUAUAAUUGUGGAGAAAAUGUGCUGAUGAAGUCAGAAUCCUGUUAUAGAAGUUAUUUGUUUGAUGAAUGCAUGAAAAUGAUGAACAAAUACAUGUGCGAUAAAGGAAAUAAAGUUACAUUUCUACCAGGUGAAAUUGAACUAGAUGCAAUGUCAGUACAGUUGAAAGAGAAAGGGCUAAAUGAUAGUCGCUACAAGUACAAGGCGGAUGGUAUUAUCUUCAGCAAUAGAUAUUCAGAUUUGGAAAUAUUGCUGACAGAGGUAUCAAAUAGUUACAAAAGCAAAGAUAACGGAAAAGUUAGCUUUGAUCACCAUAAAGCGAUGUUCGGUAUGUUAUCGAUGCUGAGAACCAUUGCAAUGAAGUAUAAACAUGCUUCUUUUAAUACGUUUAAGAAAGUUAAGAUUCAUUUCCUUCAUGGACAUGGAGAAGCUAUUAGACAUUGGAGUAUGUCUAUUCAGACCUAUGGGGUAUAUCUUAUGACCAAGGAACAACGAGUAGAUGUGCCUGUUAAUUUUGAUGAAAAGGAUGUGCUGUUGAUUCCUUUUAUUGAGUUUUAUAAGAGUGUUGCUGUUGCAUGUGAGACUACCAUUACCAACAUUGAGCAACUCAAGAAAGAACACAAAAGAAAUAUGCAAUCGACAAGUAUGGUGAAGAAUAAAGAACAAAAUUUAUUAGAAUUAAUUGACCCUUCAAUCAUAAGAAUCAAUGAAGGAAAACAUACUAAUAUUGUGAUAGAUAGUGGCCCACAAAGUGCACCAACAAGUCCCGACCACUAUUAA